UAUCCAUCUAGAUUAGGAACAAAAUAUGUGAAAUGUAUCCGCCAAUAGUAACUAAUAGUCUAAUAAAAAUCUGAUUUUGUUUUUCUUUUCCUUCUUAUAAUGGCUAAACUAAAAUCAGAUUCUGUUUGAAUCUUAAUUAAAAUCGAUAAAAGAAACUCAAAGAUAUAAAGCAAAGGUGAUAUAUUGAAUUGAUAAGAAAAAGAGGUAAUAUAUUUACAAUACCAUGAAGAUAAAUUGCAAGACUGGAUUCAUGAGCUUCCUAAUGAUUGCUUCAGUACUCAUCAUAUUUCUCGUGGCUCCAGAAAAAGUUGAAGCCGAGCCACAAUGCAUUGGACUGUGUGGAAUGAUUUUUGACUGUCCGACUGCUUGCAUCAGGAUGGGAUACCAAUCUGGCCAAUGCGUUGGCUGGGAAAAUCCGGAUCAAUGUUGUUGUGACCAUUAA